CGAAGAUGAAUGCCAACAGUUUCGAAGUCUUGGCCAAUAAAAUAGAAAAGGCAGUGAAUGUAUGCCUGUCCGAUUCGGAAGAGCCAAUAGAUAGCAGAUUAAGAAGGACUUUGGUGCCGCUUGCUUCCAGUCAAUCAAAAGAAGUCUUCACUUUGAGGAAGGCGACCCUCGAAUAUGUGUUCAAGAAGAUUGGAUUGAGAAUAUCAAAUCUUCCAUCACAAGAAUUAUUGCCUCAGGCAUUUAAACUUUUGAACAUGAUAUUAGAUUUGAUAGAAAUAUUGGGAGAGAACAAGAGUGAAAAAGAAUUGUGCGAACAGUCUUUGUCAUUGACCAUUCUAGAGGAAAUCAUGGAUACACAAUCUUUAGAUGUUUGUGAGCAUUUGUUUCUUUACUUGGAACAAAACAAGCAAAGGCUAUUAGUGGAUCUAAAACCAACAGUAGGCAAAGGGCUUAUUCUCUUGAGGCUUUGCAAUGAGUUGGUUCGUAGAACGUCAAAAUCAAACAAUAACGGAUUUCGUGGAAGAAUCAUGAUGUUUCUAUCCAACACAUACGCCCUCGGGGAAGUUUCAGGCGUCAAUAAAGGCGGUGAAUGCAACGUCGAUAAUGUCACAACCUUUAGUGCCUCAUCGAAUGAUGAAGACGCAGAAUUUUACAGUAAUUUUUGGCGACUUCAGACUUAUUUUAGUAACCCACUUAAGAUGGGAAAGGAUUUCAACCUGGAACAUGUUCUGAAGAUUAUUGUUUUAGUGGUAGAUCGUUUCCAGGAGAUUAUCGCUCGAGAAAAGAUAAAGGAGGCCGAAGAAAAUCUCUGUGAAAUGGGUGAACGAGGCAACAAGAGUGGAGAGAUUUCACCCAAGUCUAAUAAUGGUUUUGUUCGGGACAAAAAACGACAGUCAGUCUCUCAAGACGAAGAACAAGAUGAAACAUUUGGUUUCUCAAAAGAUUAUGUUAAAUAUUUCCCAAAGUAUUUGACGAGCUAUGCUCUCUUCAACAAGGAGAUAUCAGAUCGAAAUUUCAGAAGAACUGUCCUCGUGCAGAUCCUCAUAAUAUUGCAAUAUCUUAUGGGGUUAUUUCCCGAUGAACAGUCUCGUAUUUCAAAGGCCAAGAAGCCUGCCGACAAUAAUCCCGUUCAAUUACCAGCAUAUACAAUAUCGGAAUCGCAGCAAACGGUGAUAAUGGAUCUAUGGGAAAAAAUAUUCAAACAACUUGGAGAAAUCACGUCUAAUGGACAUUACUUCACUCGUACGGUCCGCCACAUUCUCUGUAUGGAAAAGCGAUGGAAUUUCUGGAAGUAUGCAAACAAUUGCGCAUUUGAAAAGAUUACCGAACCAAAAAGGAAGGAAUUAAAAGAUAGAUACGAUCAAGGACUAAGGAAGAAAGCUAGGCUUACUGAAUCUUUGGAGCCAAUAAAGUUCACGAUGGGUUCCGAAAAAUUAACCACUCUUUGGGAAAGUCACAAGAAUGUUGACGGUGUAGCUAUUCUUGCUGACAAAACACGUAUGAGAACGGCACCGGAAUUCAAAAAAGUAUAUGAAAAAAUCAAAGUCGAUAAUUAUCCGCCAACCAUAGGUAUAAUUUUUGAUCCAUCCGACAGUGCCGAGGAAAAACAAAUUAAAGAUAAAGGCUGGGUCAAUAGGUGGUAUGCUUUGAGAACUGCCAGACAGGAUUAUCUUCUUCAUUUCAACAAGCCAGCCGUGAAAAAGGAGUCAAAAAACAAAGUCGCAAAAGAACCCGAAGAAAAGAAAGAUGACGUGGAUUAUAUAAAGAUGAUGAUUGACGAAAAUCCUACGUGUACUAGUGUCACUAGUGUCUCCAAAAAACAGCCCGUUGAAAAUGACGCGACAAAUGCGGAGCAUAAGCAAUGA